AAAAACAACACCAAGAAGCAAAGGGCAAGAAAAAUCAUUCAAAAAAGAGGAGUGCAAAAGUGAAGCGCAGCAGCAAAUUCUGUGCGUGUGAAGAAGUGAACAGCCAUUUCAAAACAAAAACAUCCGUGGAAGAAAAAAAAUCCCAAGUUACCGCCGCGGAAUAAACCGGGAAAAGUGAUCGAUCGGCAGCAGCGAUGCGUAUGACGCGUUUCUCUCGGGGCCGUCCGGAUUACGGCGGUGGUGGAGGUCGUCGAGGUCCGCCUCCGAAUGGUCGCUUUCGUGGAGGUCGUGGCAAUUCGCCGCCUCAAAAUAAUCGCUUCUCUUCCCGCCUGCCCCGGCGCUCAAGUUUCGACGGAGGUCACCCGUAUCGGUCCGGACCGGUACCGUUGAUGCAACAGCAGCUACCGCGUCCGGAACACUUUCAGUCUGCGCGCCAGCAGCGGCUCAACGAGGAGUUCCACGCAGCAUAUGUCCAACAACAGAAACAACAGCAGCAGCAGAAGCUGCUUCAGCAACAGCAACAUCAACACCAACAUCACGGCCGUCACCGACAUGAACCGCACCAGCAGCUGACCCCGCAUCUGGUUGAGCGGGCGCGAUAUCCGGACCAUCGGUACAGAUCGCCGGUCCCACUGGUAGCCCAGAGCCCUUCGGCGGAGAAGGAAGUUAAACCGCGGGCAUCGCGGGAACGAGCCCGCAGCCCUGUCCUGGAUCGGAGGCGAACCAAAAAACGGAACCGCAGCCUUAGUGCCGCCCUCAGCGACAUAAGCUCCGGCAGCAGUUUCUUCGCCGACGUGGUAGACAGCGAUGCCUACGCCAGUCCGGAUUACGAUGAGCUCACCAGCGAAGAGGAGGAAGAGGAAGAAGACAUUGAGGAAGCGGAAGAAGAGGUAGAAGAGGAAGAGGAGAUCCUCGAGGAAGUGAUCAAGCGUAAGAAGAAGAAGAAAGAAAAAAAGAAGAAGGAUCGAGAAAGGAAACAGCGAAAGAAGGAGAAGAAACGGAAGAAGGAAAUCCUGGAGGAAAGGAUCUGUCCUCCGGAACAUGACGUGGCUCAAUCGAAGGAGAUCUUCUCGUCCGGUAAGAACAUUCUGGUGAGCGUGAGCUUCGCCGAUGGGGAUCAUGAGGACGCGGCAGCGGCAGAGAGGGCCUACCGGAAAGCCAAGAAGAAGAAAUCCAGCCGAAAGAAGGCGAAGGGAGAGAGCAAACAUAAAGACGACCGGAAGAAGCAUGAUGAAUCGUUAGAGUACCCAUCGACGAGCCAACGAAAGAAGCGCAAGGUAGACGAAAACAUCAAACCGGUGGCGAUAAUCGAUUUGGAACGAUCGCCCGGCAAGCAGUUAAUCUCCAGUCCCAAGGAGGUGAUCGUGCUGAGCGACGAAGAAGGUGGCAACAAAAAGAAGAGCAAACCUGCAAACGAUCUGGUCGGACCGAACACUCCUCCGGAACCGGCACCCAAAUCGCCGGAAUCCUACGAUCCCUUUGAACCGACCAAAUCCCCCACUCAAUCGCCAGCUUCGGGACACAAUCUGGGCAGCAUAUCGACCGUUAGCUAUCCGGAACAUCAUCACCCGCACCAUCAUCAUCACCAUUUGCACCAGCGACAACCAAAGGAUGCACCUAUGGCGAUCUCUCAGACUUCGGUCGAUCUCAACAGCGCCGGCGGCGAUCACUACGACGACAGUAUCCUCGAUCUACAUCCUACGUCGCCGAUGGAUCAACUUUCGCCCAGAGGACCAUACCGACAGUCCCCCCUCAAAGCGCACCGGCCUUCACCGAUGAAGAAAUCGAGUCAUGCCACGGCCUCGGCGACGAUCACUUCCGGUGCCAUGGUUCCUGGGGCGACCGGUGGUGGCAUCCAAGCGUUCGGCGAAGACAUGGACGAUGGGGACAUUUCGCCGUAUUCGCCGCGGUCCAGCGAUUGCGACGACCACAUGUUCGAUCCACCGCCGGAAGGUGGCUCGGCAAAUGGCAGCGGCAGUCAGCAGCAACCCAAGACGAUCGCCCUCACGGUGGACAACCUGAGGAAGGUGUUCGGUAACGACAAAAAGACACUGUACGGGGACCUGAGGAGGCCCAACGAGGCCGUUUUGGUGGUGGACGAAAUGUACAAACCACAACGAGUAACGAUGGAGAUGCUGGAUGAGAUGCCAAACUCCGCGGUGGAUUUACAAAUUAAAGAGAAGCUAAUUCAAAAGUUACAACGCCAGGAGCGGAUAAUCGAGGAAGUCAAACACUUCCUCAAGCCGCACUUCAACAAGAAGCGCAUCAACAAGGACGAGUACAAGGACAUCAUGAAGAAGUCCGUUCCGAAGAUCUGCCACAGCCGCUCCGGUGAGAUCAACCCGGUCAAGGUCCAGAACCUGAUCACGGCGUACGUGAAGAAAGCGAUCGCGAAACGACGAAUCGCCGGAAACGCGAUAGUUUCGUCCACCACGGCGGUCACGUGAUAAACGCGGUACCAACACACACACACGAAGACUAACUAGUAGUGAACUCGGUCGCGUCGCGCGGUCACCCGGAAACGGAGGUUCGGUUAAGUGUUGUAGUUGUUCCGCGCGGUUCCGACUGUCCCAGGUGUAUAGUUUCGUUGGGCAAGGAGAGUAGCGCUGAGGCUGGAAAGAAGAAUCUUUGUUUUAACGUUUAGAACGAUUUGGGUGACAAUGGGGGAAUAGUUAAAUGACGAUUGGUGUAAUCGUUGAAAAUGUUUGGGGGGAUAUUGGUUGUCUCAGGUGAAACUUACAAGAAGUAUUCAAGUGGAGCGUAUCAUCAUGAGAUCAUGGAAAGUGAGAAGAGAAUGAAGCAAAAAUAGUGCAGGAAGGUCAGUUACUGGAAAGCUAAAACAUGAUCUACAUUAUUGUAUUAUAAAAUAACCCAGCGGCGUACGAUGGCGAAAAAAGGCAAUGUGCAAAUGAAAGUGUAAGUGAAACAGUGAACAUACCUAUCGUGAGUUUGUAGAGUAGUCAUAAGAUGUGAAGCAACGUAGAGGAGCGUAAGUUAUAAUUUAUGAAUUUUAUUUUUAUUACACACACAUUUCAUCUUCAAUCAAAAGGCUUGAAAUUUAAAUGAAGUUAGCUCGGAUAUCAAGCGCCUAUCUAUUUAAUAAGUUUUCCGUUUUUUUUUCCCUAAACUAUACAUUCGUUAACUUUGUUAGCCACCCAUUGUAAGACGGGUCAAUGUUGUGACUGUCGAAAUGAUUAAUUACCUAUCGAGGUUCCAAUUUAUAACUGUACUAUUCACAAUCAAAUUACGGCCAUCUUGGGUGAGAUGGCUCAAUACGGACAACCGUUUACAACUGUAGGAAUAGCACUAACUUGAUUGUAAAACUUCUAGAUGGCGUUGUUUAAGUGCAAAAACUAUGGAAAAUUUUAAAAAAGAUUAACCAAUAAAAACAUUAGCACACGAAGUGCUCAUAGUGUGAAGUAACACAA